AUGGAUGUUGGAGAUCUUGUAGAUAGCAUUGAUUGUUUCAAAGGAACAAGUAAUAUGGUUGCUGUUGGAUGUGAUGAAGGUAAAUUUGCAGUAUUAGAUAUCCAAAAACAAACUCAAAUUUUUGAAUUCAUGAGAGAUGACGCAUUAAUCGGUGUAAAGGUCGCAGAUGACAAUAUUGUAUACUCAGCAACAGAAGCAUCUAUAUUUAAACAUGACAUUCGUGAAAAAAAUUCCGGAAAUUUAAUUUUCGAGGCACCUAGUGAAAUUUCUGAUUUUGCAAUCAAUGACUCUGUAAUAGCUGUAGCAACAAUGUCUAAUGAUAUCAUUCUUACUGAUAAGCGCAUACUUAAAAAACCGCAAUCUUCUCCAAUUUUACCACCAGUAUGCAAUUCUCUUUGUUUUAAGAACAAAGACAAAAUAAUUGCUGGUUAUAUUGACUUAUCUGUAGGUGAAUGGACCCUAUCAUCUAAAAAAUUCCAAUCAUAUAAAUUAAGUAACCAAAGACAACAAGUCAACCCCGCAGUUGUUCACUGUGUUGCAUGCCAAGGCAAUACUGUUGCUGCAGCUACUCAAAAUGGUCUUUCCAUUUUCGUUGAUGGAAAAAUCGUUGCAUCAGGAAAUUUCGAACACGAAGGCGCUGUACAUUAUAUUACAUUUGCUCCCUGCUUCUCUGGAAAGGUCACUGUUUCGGGCGGAGCUGAUGGAUCUUUGAUGGUUCUGGAUGUAGAGAAAAUGCACGUAAUAGAUGUUAUAGGAAAUGAAGAAGAAAAGAUUCAGAUGAUUUCUGCAAAUCAGAACUUCGUUGCUGUUGCAGAUACAUCAGAUUCCGGAUCAAUUGGAAUAUUUACACCAGAUGACUUCACAAACCAUGAAGAAGAGCAAUAA